AUGGCGCGUGGACAAUCAGUAAAAAGGCGGAGAUUGAGUCCUUCUACAGAAGGAGGCAAGCCUUCUUCGCGGAAUGCCGAACUCUACACCAAUGAGAAUGAGUGGGACGUCGAGCAGGACUACGAGCGCCGCCCGCGCAAAACGAACAAAAAAGACAACGAACUCACCCGACUGCCUAUCAAAACCUCCGAGGGUUUCGUUCAAACUGCUACAGAGCCAGAAGAUGCAGCGGAUGAGACAGACAGCUUUCUGGGAACCGACGAUGACGAGAUGGAAGAUGGAUCCGGUGAUGAGCAAUCCGAGGAGGAAGCCGAGCCACCAAAGCCUAAGAUUCCCAUAAAGGUGCAAAUCAUGCAAGCCAAGGAGGACCUGGCUCGGAUUGCGUCGUUGAUCAACGAGGAUCCCGAGGAUCACAUUGCUUUGUUCAAGACAAUGGCUGAUAUGGUAGACAACCCAGAUUCGCCAGUCACAGUCAAGAAGUUAGCAUUGGCGUCACAGGCUGCGGUGUACAAGGAUGUUAUUCCAGGAUAUCGCAUUCGCCCUCUUACCGAAGAGGACAAGGCUGCCAAGGUUUCAAAGGAUGUGCGCAAGCUGCGCGACUUCGAACAAGGUCUCGUUUCCGGAUACAGAAACUAUGUUAACAAACUAGCCGCGUUGGCCAAGCCUGGUCGCGGUCAGAUCUCUGAAAAGGACGCCAGUCUGAAGACUAUGGCCAUCAAUUGCGCCUGCACUAUGCUUCAGGCUGUGCCCCAUUUCAAUUUCCGGACUGAAUUGUUGAAGAUCAUUGUCAACCGACUGGCACGGAAAAAUGUGGAUGCCGACAUGGCAAAGUGUCGUGAGACCGUGGAGGAUGUUUUUGCAAAGGAUAUUGACGGUGUCGUUUCUCUCGAAGCCGUCCGUCUCCUAGCAAAGAUGAUGAAAGCCCGAGAGUUCGGCAUCCACGAGAGUGUCUUGGAUACAUUCCUUCAUCUCCGUCUCCUGGGUGAAUUUACAUUCAAGGCAUCCCAGGACCGGAUUGACCGUGAGGACGAGGGAGCGCCUGUUCGCACCAAGAAGCAAAAGCCGAAGCGCGAGUUCCGCACAAAACGCGAGCGCAAGGUGCACAAAGAGCGGAAGAUAGUCGAGAAAGAUAUGAAACAAGCAGAUGCGCUGGUCUCUCAUGAGGAGCGUGAUAAGAAUCAAGCCGAAACCUUGAAACUUGUAUUUGGUGUCUACUUCCGCAUUCUGAAGCAAAGAAUUCCCCAUCUUAUGGGUCCCGUUCUGGAGGGUCUCGCCAAGUACGCCCGUCUCAUCAAUCAGGACUUCUUCGGUGACCUGCUGGAGGCAAUGAAGGAUUUGAUUGGACAUGCAGAGCGUGAGGAAUUGAAGGCAGAAGAAGGAGGUGAUGAGGAUGAAGACGAAGAUGAAGAUACUACCACUCGUGAUACCCGACGCGAAGCCCUCCUGUGCAUUGUCACUGCCUUUGCUCUGCUUGAUGGACAAGACACUAGCAAGGCCGCCCAAACUCUUCACUUGGAUCUCAACUUUUUCAUUAAACAUCUAUACCGAAGCCUAUACGGUCUAUCCAUCAACCCGGAUGUCGAGUUCAAUCCCAAUACUUCUCUCCGUCUUCCAGACCCCAAUGCUCCCGAAGAGUCCACCAGAAUUCGAACCAAAAACAAGGUCAACUUCCAGACCCCCAUGGUUUUGGUUCUUCGCUGUCUCCAGUCGACUCUUCUCUCUCGGGCCCAUGGAAACCCACCAGCUGGCCGACUUGCCGGCUUCGCCAAGCGCAUUAUGACUACCUCACUCCAGCUUCCCGAGAAGUCGGCCCUUGCGUCACUCUCACUUAUGACCCAAGUCUCCAGGCACCACGGGCGACACAUCUCGUCACUUUGGCACUCUGAUGAGCGGAAGGGCGAUGGUGUUUUCAAUGCUUACGCAAAUGAUGUUGAAGGUACGAAUGUGUUUGCUGGGUCGAUUUGGGAAGGCGAGUUAUUACGCAAGCAUUACUGUCCGCAGGUCCGCGAUGCGGCCAUUGAUAUUGAGAAGAUGAUGAAUGCUACAAAAUAG